UGAUUUCUUCAAGUGUGUUGUUGGAUCAAGUCCGGUCAUGGCGGCCACAGGUUACGGCUACUAUCGGGUAGUCAUCUUUUUGUGCAUGUUCACCGGCUACUCGCUGUACUUCUUUAACAGAAAGACUUUCUCGUUUGUCAUGCCAUCUGUGAUGGAGGAGAUUCACCUGGACAAAGAUGACUUAGGUAUGAUCACCAGCAGCCAGACCAUGGCAUAUGCCAUCAGUAAGUUUAUCAGUGGCGUGCUGUCUGACCAGAUCAGUGCCCGCUGGCUUUUCUCCAUUGGCCUCUUUGUGGUGGGCGGCAUCAAUGUCGUCUUCUCCUGGACCUCCACUGUGUCCAUGUUCUCACUGCUCUGGUUCAUCAAUGGUCUGGGACAGGGCUGUGGUUGGCCUCCUUGUGGAAAAGUGUUGCGGAAGUGGUAUGAGCCAUCCCAGUUUGGAACAUGGUGGUCUGUGCUCUCCUGCAGUAUGAACCUGGCGGGGAGUUUGGGUCCGAUCCUGGUCACAGUGCUCCUGCAGUACUACGACUGGAGGACUAUCCUGACCAUGUCGGGGGUCGUCUGUGCCAGCUUCUCAUUCGUUUGUCUGGUGUUUGUAAAGAACGAGCCAAAGGACGUGGGUUUGCCCAGUAUCCAAGCAGCGACCAAGAAGGGAGCCAAGGGAGGCAACGAUGAGAGCACCUUGCGUGAAUUCCUUCUCUCUCCGUUCCUAUGGGUCCUGUCUCUGGGCUACUUGGUGGUUUUCGGAGUGAAGACGGCAGCCACAGACUGGGGACAAUUGUUCCUGAUGCAGGAGAAAGGCCAAACGGCUCUAAUGGGCAGCACUUACAUGAGUGCCUUGGAGGUGGGAGGAUUUGUGGGUAGUCUGGCGUCAGGCUUAAUCUCUGACAGAGCAGUUGCCCGACAAGGUCUGAGCACCCAUGGAAACCCCCGACAUGGCCUGCUCAUCCUAAUGAUGGCUGGAAUGUACGUGUCCAUGUACCUCUUCAGAGUCACCAUCACACCAGAAAUCCCACAGGAGGCUCCUCUCUGGGUUCAGGUCAUUCACCCCCUGUCUGUUCUCAUCGGCGUGUCAGAAAAAGAGAUCUGGAUCCUCUUCCUUGGUGCUGUGUUUGGAUUUUCUUCCUACGGACCAAUCGCUCUGUUUGGAGUGAUUGCCAGUGAAAGUGCUCCUUCUAACUUCUGUGGAACCUCUCAUGCUGUUGUGGCCCUGAUGGCUAAUGUGGGAGCCUUCAUGGCAGGACUUCCCUUCAGCACCAUUGCUAAACAACACAGCUGGGACAUGGCCUUCUGGGUAGCGGAGGUGCUAAUGGCUGCUGCCACCGUCGGUUUCUUUCUCUUGCGCAACAUGCGCACCAAAAUGGGACGGAUCCCAGAGAAAGUGGACUAAAACACCAAACUGUGGUAACACCUCUCAGUCUGAAGUACUGAGCAAUAACACAGCUUCAAUCUGACCAAACUGAACCUCUGUCCAAUAAAAGACUAUAUUGUUGGGUGGAUGUAAAUACUCAGGGUGAAUGGAUGUUGGAAAAGAAAUAAAGUCACAAUGAGACACAUUUUGCCACACAAUUUUUUUUACCACUUGAAUAAAUAAUUAAAAACACAUCCUUUAGAUCUAGAAGUUUUGUUAUUUGGUUGUAUCCAUAUAACCGAUUGAUGUUUUAUGGCCAUGUAUCUUUUCACAAAUACCUCAUGUAGCUGUAAAAUCUGUUUGCUUCAAUAUUUCACUGGAAAUUAGUAAAGAAUUUAAGCUCCUUGUUGGUGGUAUUCUUAGUCCAUGUUUUCUUUGUAUAAAGUAUAUCCCAGGUAUAUGAUCUUUGGUUUAAAAAACUAUGUGACCGAAUGAAAAAAACAACUAAAAACUGUUUAUUGGUUUGUUGAUGACAAUCAUUCCACAGGUACAACUAUGAACAGGUAAAGAAAUGUACACUAGAAUAUAGUUGCCUAAGACCCCUAUGGUAAAUGUUACUGCUGAUAGGCAUUUAAUAUCUCAGAAAAAAUAUAUUUUUGACCAGUUCCCUCUGAGUCCAGAUGAGUGCUGUUCCUUCUCAUGGUCAAAUUUGUUUCAGCUGGACUUAAAAAAAAAAAAAAAAA